CCUUCUAAACCUCUCGUGCAAGGCUCUCGCUCGGGCCUUUCGGUGCCCCGCAUGAAAUGUAGGACUCAUAUUUUUCGGAAUUGGAGACACCACAAAGUGCUGCCCAACUUCCCGGGCAACGACGCACAUAUUCUUUUUCCGUGAACGAAAGUGCCUAUGGAUUUUGUAUCGCAGGAGCUGAGCAUGGCCGAUCUGAGAGCGGGCAACACAACACUGGGCUGGCGCUUUCCCGCGGACUCGCGGACUCGCGCGAAAAAAGAGGCGCCGUGUAAAGUGUGCUCGGUCGAGAACCGUGCAACGAUUCAAACGGACACAUUUCAACUGAUUGUAUUGUGCUCGCUAAAUGUGACGGCGUAAGCACAUUUGCGUUUUCUUCGUUUAAACCGCCACACAUCUCAUAGGUGAUGCCUCGUCAGCGGAAUGGUGAUGUUACUACGUCGGAAAGUUCUAAGGAGCCACUGAGAUUCUUCGUUCUGCCAAAUGCUUACGCAGCAGAAGACGAACAAACACACAAUAUUGUACCACUGCCACAUCCAAAAACGGAGGCAUCUUCACUGUACCUAAAAGCUGACUCUGGUGAAUACCUAGAGUUAGUCAAAUUCAAGGAGAAGCGUGGAUCCUGGAUCGUGGAUGACUUUGUAGAACCAGAUGGGUCACUGUAUGUCGCCACUCCGAUGGAUCCCCUCUUCUUUGCUGUGGCUCUCUUGCAAAAGAGUGACAAGUUCCGGCCACUGGAGGACUUUGUAGAGGACAACUUGUAUCCUCACCUGGUCAAUGUCAUCCGUUCCUGCAGCAGUCGUAUGCGACACAUUGCAGAUAUCAAAGAGCUGGGUGAGGAUCGAGUGUACCGCUACAACGAGUCCAAGUGCCUUGCCUGGCUCACCAAGAAAGUGAAGGCCGUUGCAACCGCGUUGGAGUCGGCUGACAUCCAGGUUGGCGCAGCAUGCGUCAGCGCUGCUCUGGUCAGGAGCAAACGUGACACCAGGCCUACAAGUGAGGACUACAUGGUGACAGCACACUCCAUAGUGGCCGACUAUGUUCCACCCACCUUGGGCUCGUUGCUGAAAACAUCGCUGGGCCUGGACAAAAAACCUGCGGCUGAGAAGAAGGCAGAAACACCAAGCUCACCUCCACCUAAGAAACAAAAGACUGAGCAAGUGGAGCCACUGGAAGACUACAGCCAAGGCACACCAAAGAACGGCCUGUUGAAAUCGGCAAAGACGCCAAAGCUGACGGCCAGCCAGAAGAAACUGCAGAAGGCGGACAAGACGGGCAUGAAGAGCAUUUCAAGCUUCUUUGCCAAGAAAUGAUUGGCGCAUCUCUAGUGCUUGCUUCAGCAAAAGUCCUGCAAGGCUUUUUCUGCUGUCUGCACAACUGUACACUCUUUGGAAGCUGGAGCUCCCAACAGCCCAGCCCAUGCAUAGGACCAGGGACAAGCUUCAACCUGUGCAUUGGCUUUCACUUGUCCUCAUUCACAUCACAGUCGUAUGACAUUAACAGAAUCUUCUUAGAAAUGAGCUAGUGUACCGCUAAUGCUCAUUAUCUGUGCAGUGGACAUUUUAAUGUUUCAUUUUGUUAAUGUUGCCUGGAAAGCCCUGAGAAAUUACGUAAGCCGGGCUAAUGCGUUGAAAUGUAAGAGCAAGCUGGAAGAAAAAUUAUGUAUAUAAAAAGAGAAAUGCAUAACUGCAAAAAUCGGAUACGCUAAACGAUAUUUACUCAGCACAGAAUGUGAGCGGCAAAGGCAAGUUUUGUGUGGGUACAUAAAGGUAGCAGGAUGUUUAAUCGAACGAUAUGCACUUGGCCAGGGUCAUUGCAGGUUGACUAUUUAGAGUGAUUGGUUGCUGAGCUUACACAUAUUAAAAUGACCAAAGCUAUGCUGACUUACCAUUAUAUAUUUAUAAAAUUUAUUGCAGGCAGUGAAAGAAACAUUAGUUACUGAACGCAUUUCAAAUAAUUGAAUCACAGAAGGCAAAAGUGAUGAAGCUCUUGUGCGGUGUAAAUACGUGCUAUUGGAUAGCAGUGACUUAAGAGCAGAGGCUGUGGAUGUGGUUUUAGAAUGUGGUGCCUUGAGUGUGAAUGGUCGAAGAAGCAGUGAAACAAAGUAUACAAUAUGGUGCAGCAGGACUAAAGAAAUGGCAGUCCAAUUGUCUACUUUUGAUUAUCGGUCUCGCCACAGUCAUGUGGGGUUAAGAAGUUUUUUGAUAAACAGGUUAAUGGGCAGCUAAUAACUUGCUGUUUAUUGUCUGUGCAGCCAUUAGUUUUGAGGUGGUGCAUUUUAGGUGAAAAGCAGAGCAGUGUUGAUGAUGACUGCCAAUGGCAUCCUUUGGUUAAAAAAUUAAUCACUUAGCUCGCAUUAGCUAAUUAGGAUGUACUAUACCUAUUACAGUCUCUAGCAUGCUGCCUAUCUCUGCUUUGUCUUGUAAUGUUAGGUAUGCCUGUGACGACUCCUUCUUUGUUGCUUCCCUGCUUUCUUUUCCCAUAAAGACCACAAUCUGUUCGUGCUGCGUGAUCUCCACCGCUGACCAUUUAACGCUCCCAUCAGCUUUGAGCACAAGCACUCCUAGUAGUUGAACAUUCCCACCAAUUCUGGCUAGAUUAAUAUCAUUGCUGUGAUUAGAAGCUAAUCUGUACAGACUGUCAUCCAGUGAUAUGUUAAAAACUUUGUUGUCGAUUUCAGCUUUCAUGUAAAGCAUGCCCUUUAGCAGCAUGGUUGGUUGUUUCUUUUGUUCCAUAUAAAUUUUUGGCACACCUUGGAAAGCUGUCAUUAACUGCAAUCUCGUCUCAAUAAAAGCUAUGUGCACCUCUUUUUGAACAAAUGAA